AUGCCGGACAGAUGUGUUAAAUGCGCCGGCGCCCACGCAGGACGAGCGUGCCCCCGUCCGCCCACCGAGAAGCCGACAUGUGCACUCUGUGGCGGUGCUCACGUGGCCAGUUAUCGUGGGUGUGAGGUGUGGAAGCGUGCCAUCGCUCGCCAACGUGGCCAAACACCAGCGCCACGUCCAAAGAAGCCAGCAACGAGACGGCCCGGCGUCUCUUUCACGGCGACAACGUCAGGGGCGCCCUCCGCCGUCCCGGCUGCGUCGGCUGCUUCUGCUCCUGCCGCAUCCGAGGCCGUGCCGACACCUGAGGCUCCUGCGCCUCCACCACAGCUGCUAGUGGCGGACCCGGGUACUGCCUCUCCCGGGACGUCGGCCGGACCGCGCCCCGCCAACCGCCGGCGCGGGGGUCACCGCCCCGUGGGUGACCCUUCGCGUCGCUGGCAAGCGCAGACGGAGUGCGAAGAGCAGAAGAAAUACGCUGAGGUUCAGAGAUCGACGCUUGACGAGGGAAGACGCUGCCAGGGUAGUCUUGCCCACAAAACUUCACGACAUCACUGGGGUCGCGGUGACGGCCAGCUCCGACGAGACGGAGAUGCGGAUGCGGACCAGGGAGGACCGCCAGGACAACGACACGCGGCGGCAGCGCCACCCGGCAGUGGAGGACGCCACACGGCCCCGUCACGUGCUUCAGCGGCAGCGGCGGCCAGCGAGCUGACGAAGGCGGCAGCCGGCAACGGCGCUGAGCAGCACAGCUCAGGGCAACGAGACAUCGUGGGCGUCGUGCGGUCACGUCCUGCUCGGCUCAGCUCAGCUCACCUCACCUCACCUCAGCACAGUGCUCCGCUUUCAGCAAAGAUGCUGUCUUCUGAGACGCUAACGUAA